UAAUACUUGUCAGACAAGACAGUAGAGGAAAGGAAGACAACACAGGAGUCUGUCCUCCAUAUUUAGGACAGUUGAAGAAAUGGCCAGCUUUACCACUGGUGCCAAGGUUCUACUACUGUUUGCAAUAGUGGCAGUGCUAGUCAAACUAGCUCAGUCUCAAUCAUGCACUCUACCAAUGUUUAAAUUUGGAGGAGGAGGUCUAAUCACUGGCAUAAAAGAACCAGGUCAAGAUGUUGGUCGACCAGAUCGGUUUCUGUGUUUGCAAAAUUUACAAGAAAGGAAUGUGGGUACUCUUACCAUGGACUGCAUAUCUGACGGUCCAGCAAUCAGGAUGUGGUUUAUUAAUGGAGUCAAGAACCCUAAUAUAAACUCAUAUACCUAUACAUUUAACAUUGAUGAUCCUGUAAAUGUUAGCUGUGUACUUAUGAAUGAGUGUGGGAACAGUACCUAUCCCGUUAUAAUUUCAAACAGUAGACCUAUAAUAAGACAUUCUGUGAUACAAGGGAGCAAUAAUGUUACCGGAGCACGCGUUGUUUGUCUCAAUCUUACAGACACUAAUCGUCCAAGUACACAAUUCUUUUGCCCUGUUGUAAAUAUAGACGAAUCCCUUGGCUUUGAAAGAAAAUGGUUUAAAGAUAUGUUUGAAGUUACUGACUCUUCAACUCUAGAAUUUCUCACUAUUGCAAUGAUUGGAAGUUACACAUGUGUUGCCAACAACUCAUGUGGAGCUGGUACUGCACGCAUUAAAGUUAACGCUUAUCCAAUUAUAAGAAAAGGGAAUGGAACAAUUUCUGCCAGUGUGGCUGACAUUGGGGCAGACCUGUGCACUACGGCUCCAAGGGCAAUGCUGAUCUGUCAUAUAUUGAAUAAUAUUGAGGGUACGAGAAUAUGGCAAAGGAAUGGCAUGACACUACCUGAGACAGGAGAGGUCCUCACUAUAACGCCUCCCACAAAUAAUGAUGAUGUGUAUACCUGCACAGUUAUGAAUGAGUGUACGCGGCAGAACAGUGUACUCCCAGAUACUGCUUCAUCAACUGUAUUCCGGAGACUGACAGCCAGUAUAACUGGUUCUAUUGAUGGUGUGACUGGUAAUGGUUGUAAUCGGCCCUCUGCCAGGGAUGUAAGCAGAGCCGAUCUUUGCCCCAGUUUUCGUGAAAGGGUGACAAUAUCCUGUACUACUACUGAGCCAUACAUUAUAUAUUUUGGACCAGCUUUUAUACAAGUUGCUGAUAACGAAGAUUAUGUGAUACCUAGUUAUAGGGAUAACGAUUCUGGGUUCUAUACUUGCAUUGCUAUGUCAGCGUGCAAUAAUGCAAGUGACAGAAUCACUACUGCACCUCUGGGCAAUGAACCUACUAUACCGCCGGAACCCCCAAGUGAACCUUGUGUGAUGCCUCCUUGUAAUAUUGCAGUUGGGGCUGAUAUCUGCAUAGCGCCAGGAUUAACUGUAAACAUAAACUGUGUUGCAAAUGGAACAGUAUCAAACUAUACGUGGGAAAAAGACGGAGUAUUCUUUUCUAACAAUCAGAAUCUCACUAAUGUUGGACCCGGUACCUAUACCUGCACUGCAAGAAAUCCCGUUGGCUCUGACAGUCAAACCUCAAAAGUUGAAGAAUUCAAUACUGUUGAAUUGGGUGCCACUAGAGAUAGUGUCAAUAGAUGCAGUCAAUUGAGAUACCCACCUCCUGCUAGAACUGACUUUUGUGCUUUUGUUGGUGACCGAGUUACACUAAGGUGUACUCCAUCGCAGCCCGAUGUGCCAACUGAAAUUAAUCCUGACGGAGAGCCUGGGGAGAAGAUAUUUAAUUCAAUACAGCUUCAAGAUUCUGGUAACUAUCUCUGCAAUGCAACAACCGAUUGUAGCACUAACACUAGCAUGAUUAACAUUCGCGUAUAUGACCCAGCUACUAUAGACAGGGGAAAGACACUUCCAGCUCCCCAAGAGAACGAGCUAGUUCAAGGUGCUGGACGCACGAGUGAAGAAGUCUGUGGAAGAGAUAAUAACAAAAUAUCUCUUCACUGUUGCUAUUCCGGUUUCGACCAGCCAACAACAAUGUGGUUAUUUAUAGCAGAGGGUAGCACACAAGCUGUUCCUAUAAAUACUAGUGAUCCUAAUAUAAUGAUUAGUGAUGAUGGGAUGAACUCUGUAUUGAUGAUCAAUCCUUUUGGGGAGGAUUAUGCUGGUACUUAUCGCUGCAACACGACCAACAUUGCCGGGACUGAUGCUGGAGAUGUCAAUGUAGUAUACAAACCCCCAGAAGAGAAGGAAUGGCUUGUUUCUACAUGGAGUAGAUGUUUCCCUGAUUGUCAUCGUGGCGUAAGGAACAGGACCGUUGUGUGUGUGACUGUUUCCAAUCGUAUGGUGAUGGACGGGUGUACUCCUCCUCCACCUCCUUCAGAAGAGCAAUGCACUGAAAGGGGACCAUGCACUGAAUGGGUGCCAGGGAAUUGGUCAGUGUGUACAAAAACUUGUGGAAUCGGCUAUCAAGUUCGCAGAGUCACUUGUAAAGCUACAUAUGAUAAUACCAUUGAACUGAACGAUUCAGAAUGUUUGACUGCACGCCCGCCUGUAUUCCGCUACUGUAACAUACAAGACUGCCCUUGUGUCGAGCCGGCAUAUUGCAGUCACUAUGUUGGUACUGAAAUGUGCUGGAGAACUGAAGUACAAAGAGACUGUUGCUGUACCUGCGGGCCAGCUCCUUGAGGAAGACACAAGAAGACAUUGAGAGUCCUGGUCUACCUUUUAAUAAGUGGUUGACCACCUCUUCACUUUUUUGAUAGUAAUGCAUGUAUGUAAACAUCUAUAUUAGUAAUGUAUGAAGUACUUCAUAAUGUGUUUGUAUUUCUCUGAAUUUAAUAUAAUUGGUUUCCAUGAUGAUUUGCGAUGGUUUAGAAGA